ACACACACUCGCACUCUCGCAAGCCAGGCACGGACUUUUGAAAGUGGUUCUUGCGAAGUUCAGUAGUUUUGCUGCAUCAUGGCGGAGUGCAGAAGAUAAUGUGUUGGUUAUCGUAGUACAGGUUAACACAAUCUACUGCAGUGUCAGUAAUUGUGUUCUACCACAUAUAUUGCGUAUACAUCUACCAAGCCAAAUCGUAUCAUAAUAUUACAAAGUUUGUGCAUAAAUAUUGAAAAUAUGUCGAUUAUAGUACAAAAGUGAAAGUGCUAUUUUAACUCAGUGUGAGUUUACAAUUAUUUAAAAUGAAUGACAACAAUAAAACGAUACGGGUGGGAUCAAGGAAAAGUCAGCUGGCGUUGAUACAAACAAAUCAAGUGGUGGACUUACUGAAGGAACUUUAUCCAGAUAGAAAGUUUGAAGUGGUGACCAUGUGGACGCUGGGGGACCGCGUGCUGGACCGCCCGCUGCCCAAGAUCGGGGAGAAGAGCCUGUUCACCAAGGAGCUGGAGACGGCGCUGGACCAGGAGGUGGUGGACCUGGUGGUGCACUCGCUCAAGGACCUGCCCACCGCGCUGCCCGACGGCCUCUGCAUCGGCGCCGUGGGCCGGCGGGAAGAUGCCAGGGACGCAUUAGUUCUGCAUUCUCGGCACGAAGGGAAAACGCUCGGCACGUUGCCUAAGGGAAGUGUCAUUGGCACCAGCUCGCUGCGCCGGACGGCACAGCUGCAGCGCAGGUUCCCGCAGCUGCAGGUGAAGGACGUGCGGGGGAACCUGAACACCCGCCUGGCCAAGCUGGACGGCGGGGAGACCUUCGACGGGCUGGUGCUGGCGGCAGCCGGCCUGCAGCGCAUGGGCUGGGGCGACCGCGUCUCGCAGGUGCUGGGCGAGGAGGAGAUGCUGUACGCGGUGGGGCAGGGGGCCCUGGCAGUGGAGUGCCGCGAGGGCGACGCCGCCACGCUGCAGCUGCUGGAGACCCUGCAGCACGGCACCACCAUGCUGUGCGUGGUGGCCGAGCGCUCCUUCCUCAGCACGCUGGGCGGGGGCUGCUCCGCGCCGGUGGCCGUGCACAGCCGGCUGGCGGGCGGCCGCCUGUCCCUCACUGGGGCCGUGUGGAGCCUGGAUGGGGCCGUCACGCUGCAGCACUCGGCCGGCACCCGCGUCCACUACGACGAGCUGCAGGACGACGGGGAGCCCCUCAGGAAGUGCCCGUACCGCAUCCCGAAGCUGUUCUGCGGGGCGCACCCCGGCCGCAUGAGCUACUCGGACCUGGGGGCGGCGGAGAAGCUGGGGCGCGACGUGGCGGUGGAGCUCAUAGAGCGCGGCGCCGUGGAGCUCAUGUCGGAGGCCAAGCAGCACGUGCACGCCGGCGCCAGCGCCUGGGACCUCAAGUCUCCCGUCGCUCUCGCCCGGGGCGACCCCCCCGCAGACAAGCCCCUGGUCAGCGGCCUGGUGCACGGGGCGGCCAAGUUCAGCACGUCCUGACGUCACUGCCACCUCAUUGUUGUCUGUAAGUACGUACAGAGGGAUUUCCGGUCGGGAUCGUAAUUUACAUUAAAUUACACACUUGACGACACAACGAUUCAAGUUUGUUUGAAGGGAUGCGUUGCACGUGGUGGUUGGACGGAAAAAAUGUGUCUGCCUCGGCUGCAUGUUCUUAUGGUUCUUAAUGUCGGGUCUGUUAAGAACAAAUAUUGUGCUUCCGAUCAAACUAAAACGAUACUUGUAUUUGCUGGUGACGUAUUUUAUGCCUUUCUUGUUACGUAUUUAAAUGAGACGUUUAAUGGAUUGAUGACGAUGAGCCGUUUAAAUAAGUUUUAUUCUCGUUUUUUCAACACUCGGGUGUCCCAGUAUUUCAGUUACAGGCAGUUCGAUAUACAAAACUUUCUGUUUCGGAUGUAAAGAAAUUUAUUAUGUGAUUAAAAAGUCAUAUCCUAAUUUUUUUCAGUAUAAAUAAAAGGCAAUGACAGAUGCUAGUCACGUCUUAUAUUGCGGAAGCAUGGGCAAAAUAAUGGUAAUAAAAUUAUUUUGUGCUUUUUUCCUUGGAAAUACCACUUAUCAAGUUAACAGAUUUUUCAAAACGUACAGUGAUUUCAUGCUCAGUUAAAUUUGCAGCUGUUCAGAAGUUUUGAACUCAAUUUGACUUCAUCCGUAAAAUUUUUAUUUCCUAAGGCAGCUUCAAAUAAACUUGAAUUAUAGAAGAGUCACACAAGCCUUUUUAAAACUACAAAAUGGAUCCCAUGUAAUUAACUUUUUAUGUGCCCCGUUUAUAUUUUUAUAGCUAUAUCUUAAUUUAUAAUAAACUUGCACUGUACUGGGCAUUUUAUCAACUACAUUGUGCAGAUUCAGACAAAUACAAUUAAACUGCAUGGCUCAUAUUAUGAUCAACAUAAUUUUUGUAGUAGGGUUGUGUUUGUUUGAUUUGGCUCAUAAAAGAUAUAUAUGAGAUUUGUUGUUUUUAUAUUUUAUUGUUGUUGUGGUUAUAAACCCUUUUAUUUUUGUAACAUGUGUAAGUAAAUAAUCAUGAUUGUAAUUUUUGUUUUAGUAGAAUUUGUGAAUAUAUUAUGAAAGUUGCAAUAAAAAAUCAAUAUUGUUUUUAAUUUGAACACUUUGUGAUAAGGGUGGUUGUUAGUAUUGGCACCAUACUUGUAUGCCUUGCCAAGUUCUGUGUGCCUGUGGAUUGGUGGUGGUUUACAGUGGUGUAUGUCAAGGGCAGUGAUGUACUGAAAAAGCACCAAAGUUAAAGGCAAAUUAAAAAAAACUGAGAAAAAAAUAUUGCUUGGACUUAAUUUCACUGCUAAUUUCCCCUCUCAUCACCAGGAAUUGUUGGUAGCUGGAGGAACGGUGUUGAUGCUGGCUUUGGCUGUGAUGAUACGUUUAUUCGAUGUUCUUGUGAAGUAGCAGACCUGUGUAGGUUUUGUUUUCAUAAGUAAACUACAUAUUUGUUCACUUUGAUCAAGACCAUUCCAGUCGUGACCAUAUAAACAUUUGUCAGUCUUAGAAUAUUUACUUCUAAAACUGAGAUUACUGUAAUCUCCAAUGUUAACAUUGUUCAGUUUUAAAACUAUUUUCAUAUUAAAUAAAUGAUUUUUUUUCUUAUAGCAAAAUCCUUGCAAAAUAAGUUUUGUUUGUGUGUGUGUGUGGUUGUGGUUUGUUGUGUUGUGUGUGAAUUUUGAGUUUAGUGACUGAAGUCCUUAAGAAUGAAUAUACUUUUAAAGGUACUAUAUUAAUUGUCUAUGAAGAUGAUUGUACUGUCUGCAUUUUUGUAAAGUGUGUAACAUAUAAAAUCAUCCAAGAACCAGUACAAUCAAUAUACAACAUAACUUCAAAUAAUCUAUUCAGAUUGAUUGUGAUGCUUGUUUUACUAUUUUGAUUAGCAUAUUAAUUAGAACUAUUGUGUUGAGCGGGUAAGGACCUCUUAGAAUAAACAAAAA